AUGUCUUCCAUCUUUGCCAAGGUUAGUCAGAAGACUAAGAUACCAUUUUCAGAAAUGUUCGAGGGUAAUUUCACGCCUGUCGAAAACUACGGCAAAGGCGGACAUAAUUACACCAUCAGAUAUCAAACAUUCAAAUAUUGGCACGAGAUAUUCAUUAGUGUCAUAGUCGCUGAGAUGACUCUGCAGGGACUCAUCCAGCGCUCCGACGGCAUAGAAAAAAAGCUUGCACAGCCAGUAUCCACUGCAGAGGAUAAAUCAAAGGUGCAGGAAUGGGAGGAAGAGCUGCAGUGCGUUCAGAGAGAGAUAUUCAUCCAACAGCGCAAGCUAUACGAAGGUGAAGCCUUUCUUCCUCACCGACCUCUGAAGCAGAUGUAUGACCCCCUCAGAGAGAAUUGA